AUGGGAAACAAAAAGAAUGCAAGACGCGGUGGGGGACGUUGUUUUUAUCCAGAUGAUCAAAAUCUUGACGAUGAGGCUGUACCGGUUCCGAUAAUUGGAGAAAGCGAAGAAAGUGAGAGUGAAUCAGAUAGUGACGACUCUCUCCCCGUUAAGGAGGCUAAACCGUGUGGCGUUUCACACCUCAUUAAAACUCACAAUCCUAACCGAACAGGUCUUCCUCUGAAUCGGGACGAUGCGCCUUUGAACCGUAAAGAACGCGAAGCGCUUAAGGAUCCACUUGCCAAUAAAUCAAAAAUGGAAUUGGAAAGGGAUUUUAUGCGACUUCAACUUGUUCGAAGAGACCGAGAGGAAAAGGAGCGAAUACUUCAGGAAGAAAAGAAAGCGAAAGAAGCCUCAAGAGCUGCAGCAGCAGAGAGAGCCCAGGUCCUGCUAGAAACCAAAAGGAACAUGGGCAAGAAGGGAGGUCGCAAACCUGGAGCUAAGAUUGGAAAAAACAAAGCUGUUGCAGGGACCUCUGCCUCCAGCUCCAACGUUGACCGAGGUGAUGUCACCUCAGGCCAGGAUCCGGGAUUAGGCAGUCACGAGUAG